ACCGGAAUUAUCAUGCAAAUUCUUCGGCCUGCGUAUUUCUAAACAUGUUUCAUUGUACCGUGUCAGCCGCGCCACAAUCCGGCAUUCGAUGUUAUACGCCUCCAUAUCCACAGUUCUUUCUCUGCAGGCAACUUGCACGUCAACUUUCGGUCGCUACGUAUCUAUGCAAAGUUUACUUCGAUUGUCUUGGCAAAAUGAACACCAAUUUGUUGGUGAUGUUGGUUGUCCUGUGUUCGUCAGGUGGGAACGCAAUCACUCGCAGGGAAUAUCGCAUUCCUCUUCCCUUUACACUAGAAGAGUAUCGUAUCGGGCAUUUAUGGUCGACCGGGAAGUGGAGCUUACUUAAUACCGGCGGCGGGGAAGGAGUUGAAGUGGUUGUAAAUGAACCUUACGAAGAGGACGGCGAAAGUGGUCACUUCACCCACAAAAUCUUCCAUUUAGCCUCGAAAGUUCCUAAAGUGAUAAGGAUGUUGGCACCUAAGGGAUCACUAGAAAUUCAUGAGAAGUCAUGGAAUCGGUUUACAGAGGUCAAAACCGUGACUUCGAACCCUGAUUACAUGAAAGAUGGAUAUCAUACAACCACUCAUACACGAUUAGUGAAGGCUGCUGACUGUGACCAAGAUAACAUUUUCAGCGACAUCUCUUCAGAUAUCGACGAUGUGAUCCACCUGGAUAUCGUCAACGAUCCUAUCGCGAGUUCGGACUACAAAGUCGACGAAGACCCGACGAAAUGCGACUCUGGAUUUGGAAAUCUGUCUCCUGACUGGCAGAAAAGUGAAGUUCGUAUGUGCGUCCACAAACUGGUUGAAGUUGAGUUCCAUUGGUUCGGCCUGCAAGGCACGGUGGAGAGUCGCAUACAAAAGGUCUGUCCAAGAUUCUUCAGGAACCUCCAUCGUCAGAUGUUCUGCUGGACAGAUAACUGGAUUCGCUUAUCAAUCGACGAUAUCCGAGUAUGGGAGGACGAAGUUAAAGACGAACUAGAUAAGACAAGAACUAUUGGAGAAGUACGAGGGAUGUCUGAGCAAUGAGAUGUGGCACAACAGCCGCCAACGACGAAUGUAGAGUGCAUGGAAAUCUACGUUAACGCACGCUACUCCAUCAGCAGCCUUGUUAGUGUAAAGCUACACAACACGUUUCAGGGAAACUCGUUAUUUCAGAUCAACAAAUUCAGUUCUAGUAUGUCUUUACACGUAUCCAUUUUUGUCAGACUAUAAUUUUGGGGUGAACUUGUUUUGGAGUAUAUCAUUUGUAUCAAUCCAAUCCAAAGUGUAUCAAGUGGGGUAGGAGAGCCUCAAGUAUUUGGUUCAUGACUGGUAUUCUAGUUGAUUCUGUGAGAUGAUUUUAAUUCACAACAUUCUUUAUCUUUAGUUAUUGGUAAUUUAGUUAUUGAUUUAAGAAAAUGACAGGUUGACAGUCCUUUGAGGCAGUUGUAAUUCAGGUGAUCGCAUGACUCUAGUUAAAAAAAAGGUGAUUUAGCCUUGGUUGAUAUAAUUUUAGUUAACGAUGUGGUAUUAUUUGAAUUAAUGGAAUAAUAUACUUUAUUAUGAUACAGUAGUAGUUACAGUCGAGUCUCGUUAAUACAAACUCGUUCGGACCUAGCCAAAUUGUUUGUUAUAUCAGAAUUUUGUAUUAAGAGGAACAUCCGUCCCAUUCAUUGUGCACAUAAAUGCACAGUCGGGACCAAAGCUUUAUGUUUGUUAUAACCAGAAUUUUGUAUUAACAGAGUUUGUACUAACGAGAUUCGACUGUAUUCACAAUGAUCAUUAGGUAUUACUAAAGUUAAAAGCAUGAUUUGAUUGUAGUUAAUGAGAAACAUAUUCCUUAGUUAAUAGCUUCACAUUAGAGAUCAUGGGUGAAUUUUUGCUGGUUAAUGUCAAUAUUUGUAUUCAGUGACUUACUUAUCCCUUGCUUAUGACAAUAUUAAUUGUUAUACCUCUGUCUUGAAUACUGUAUUUUAAUUGGCCUAGAACGAUCACAUUCCCCUUGGGAUAUCACGUGUACGGUACCUAACCCUAACCUACGCUAUUUUCAUCAUGUUUUCACACAUGCGUGGGAGCAAGCGAACUAUAGCAGACGAUCAGCUGUUUUGAGCACGUGACAUGCAUGUGAGUUGCCGUUACAUUGUCAUUAUUGUUGUGUUUACUGCUGCUUGUUUUCGUGAUCUUUACAUCAAAAAUCAAGGAAUCCAAGACAGAGGUGUCACAAAACAAUUGUUGACUGCUGUGAUGAGGGAUAUGACGUUUUGAAAACCCUCGAGGCGCAUAGCACCAGAGGCGAAACGUCAUAUCCCACAUCACAGCAGUCAACAAUGGUUAACUACCGGUAUAUCACGCUAGAUGAACUAUAAUCAAGUUUUAAUUAAUUAAUUCCGGUAAAUUGCAGGAGAUGCUAUAGUUCUAGUUAUUUCUAAUAAUAUUCUUGGUACACGCAUGAGAUCAUUAUUGUUAAUUACAGUAGCUAUUGGAUAUACUAGUAGUUUUAGCUAACCACAAUGAUAUUCAGGUAAAUAGUGUGAUAUUAAUAAUAGCUAAUGGUUUUAUCUGAUAGUUGAUAAUAAUAUGUUUUGGACUUUUGGUGUACCAGUGUAUUACUUGACGGGACUUUUUACAGGCACGUAGAAACAGCUUGUAAUUUCCCACAAACCAAUCUGCCGAUUUGGUAAGAAAAUCCUUGUUUAAAGGGAAGAAAAUAGUGGCAUUAACAGUCCCUGCGAAAUUUUUCCACAUUAAAUGGUAUCGUUGACAAUCAAUCAAGAUUUAACAAGCGUGCUCGCUAAAAUUUGACGGGGCUCGAUUACGUGUAUUAGAGAUGGUGCUUUUUACAUAAAACACGAUAAAUAAACGUUCAAAUGGUACUUUA